AUGCAGGAGCAGAGUGAGAUUUCUGGUGCAGCAACAAAUGCCAUCCAGGAAAUUUCUGAUUCAAACAGUAAUAGCUACGUGAUCCAAAAUAAGCGCCAAAAGCUAGAUAAUAAAGUUGAUAGCCCAAGAUUCAAAGGAGUCGUCAUUCAAAAAAAUGGACGCUGGGGAGCACAGAUAUAUGCCCAUGAACGCAUUUGGUUAGGAACUUUCAAAUCUGAGAUCGAAGCAGCAAUGGCAUAUGAUAGUGCUGCCAUCAAACUCCAAGGUGGAGACGCAUACAGAAACUUUCCAUGGACAAACAUAACUAGCGAAGAGCCAAAGUUCCAGAGCCAAUUCAGUACACAAGCAGUACUGAAUAUGAUCAAAGAUGGUUCUUAUCCAGUCAAGUUUGUUGAGUAUUUGAGGGCACAAUCAUUUAUACAAAGUUUCGCGACAAUGCCUAGCAACGGAGGAUUGGUGUGCAAGAAACUGUUCCACAAGGAACUUACUCCUAGCGAUGUUGGAAAUCUUAAUCGACUUGUCAUACCAAAGAAAUAUGCAUUAAUGUACUUCCCUCAUCUUUCUUGUGAUGCAGAGGAGAGUGAUGAGGACAUUGCUGGUGAAGAUGAUGCUGAAUUGGUUUUCUUUGACAGGUCAAUGAGGUCGUGGAAAUUUCGAUACUGUUAUUGGAAGAGCAGCCAAAGCUUUGUUUUCACUCGAGGAUGGAAUAGAUAUGUCAGGAACAAGGGAUUGCAGGCGAAAGACGUCGUUAGUUUCUCAUUGUUUGAGUUCAAAAAUGGAUCAGAUGAGGUGCAGCCUAUAUUCAUGAUUGAUGCUGAAUAUCAUCAGAGUUUUCGUGGUGGUUUGAUGCUGAAUUCAUCCAGGGACGAGAAUAAUUUUCCUGAGACAGAACCAAAUGGUUCAACAAAAAGGGGAUUAAAGCUUUUUGGGAAGGAUUCUAAGUUGCUAACAGCUGCAAAGAUACACCUGCAAAUGUCCUACCAGAUUCUUGAUUCCUAG